AUGGCCACUAACAAAUCUUUCUCCUACACUAAGGAUGAGGGCAAAGCUAUCAUUGUAGAAGACACUCUUCUGGAACUGGACUUUGACCAGGAACAUGCACAGAGGACAGAUACACGUAAACUGCACAUUGAUCUUCAAAAACUUUCUGAAAAAGAGGUGAAGCUGAAUCUUCAUAUCAUUACCCUAUCUGACUACUGGAGGCAGGACAUGAUCCCAAGAGCUCUGUGUGUGUGUGUGUGUGUGCAGCUGCUGGACCGUCUGCUGGACGUCCCCACGCUGCUGCGGCACGCCUUCAGAGAGAUGUUCUCCGUCGGGGGUCUGUUCUGGAUGUUCCGGAUCCGGAUCCUGCUGUGUGUGCUGGGAGCGCUGACGUACCUGGCGUCGCCGCUGGACUUCAUCCCCGAGGGAGUGGUGGGGCUGCUGGGCUUCAUGGACGACUUCUUCGUCAUCCUGCUGCUCUUCAUCUACAUCUCCAUCAUGUACCGCGAGGUGGUGACGCAGCGGCUGGCCACAUGAGCGUCUGAUCUGUGCUGAAGACUCAGACCUGUCCUGUUCUGAGCUCCGCGCAGGGUGAAGAGCAACACACACACACACACACACACUAUUACAGACGUGUUUAAUAUGACACAACUGAAACAUGAUAAACGCUUGUCGUCUCACACGUUUUCUCUUCAGAUGGUGUCAUUCAAACAUUAAAGAAAGAUUCUAUGAGUUCA